CAGGGACACACAGCGACCAUGAAUCAGUCUGAAAAAACAGCGGACGGAGACCGAGCAGAGAAAAACGAUCCGGUUCUGAACUGGAUCCCUAAAGUGUUGAAGAAGCGAGUGUGCACCACGUUCGUGCAGGAUGCCCUCAGCGAUGGAGAAAACUGUCAGUGUGGUGGGAAGCGUGACGUCCACGGCUCGGGAGCUGCCAGUGAUUAUUUUGGUACUGCCAUAAUAACUCAAUGGGAGUGGUCCAAGCACACGUCCGAGUUCCCGACCGACGCCUACGGAAAGCUAAAGUUUGCUAAGAUCAGCCGUCACUUUGUGCGCCUGUCAUGCGACACCCCGGCUCAAUGGGCCUUCACCCUGCUGACCGAGUCCUGGAAGCUUCCAUCACCCAACCUGGUGUUGUCAUUGGUUGGAGGGUCGGGCCAGGAGAAAGUGAAGAGCUGGGUACGAGAGGUGGUGAGACAGGGUCUGGUGCCAGCUGCCCAAAGCACAGGCGCCUGGAUCAUCUCCAGUGGCCUACGGGAGGGCAUAGGUCGCUGCGUCGGAGAAGCCGUGAGGGAUCACGGAGCGACGGCCACGUCCCAAGCCAAAGUGGUUGCUCUGGGCGUGGCCCCCUGGGGGCUGGUGGACAACAACAAACAGCUAGUCAAUCCUCAGGGGAGCUUUCCAGCAAGAUACAUAUUUCAGAACAGCUUACAUGACUCCUGCUGCCUGGAUAGUAACUACCAAGCCUUCCUCCUGGUGGAUGAUGGGAGUUUAGGGCGCAGAGGCGGUGAGGCUACCUUCCUGGCCAACCUGGAGAACUUCAUAUCGCUUCAGAAGACCGGAACAGGAGGUAGCGGUAACAUUGAGAUCCCAGUGUUGUGUAUGUUAAUUUCUGGAGAGGCUUCUGUAUUAAAGAGAAUAGACGAGUCUCUGAAGAAGUCCAUGCCGUGGUUGGUGCUGGGCGGUUCGGGUCCUGCGGCGGACAUGAUUGCGGAGAUGCUCAGUGACCUGAGCCCCAGCGCAACCCCUGCGGAGGGAGAAGGACAAGAAAAAUCCAACUCUGAUCAAAAAGAGCAGGUCAAAGAGAUCCUGAAGAGGCAUUUUCCCAAUAAACAGACUCUGGAUAAACUGGUGGACCGGGCUCUGAGCAUCUAUCAGAACAGCUCACUGAUCACAGUGUUUCAUGGAGACACGGAGGGACCUGAUGAUUUUGACACGGUUAUUCUGAAAGCCCUGGUGAGAGCCAGUAAGCAUACCAGCAGUGAUGCCACAGAGUACGCAGAAGAGCUGAAGCUGGCUGUAGCCUGGAACAGAGUGGACAUCGCCAAGAGUGAGCUGUUCAACGGUGACAUCCAGUGGGAGGAAAAGGACCUGACUGACCCCAUGAUGGAUGCUCUGGUGAACAACAAGCCCCAGUUCGUGCGUCUCUUUAUUGAGAACGGUUUGAACAUUUUCGAAUACCUGACGUACGAGCGUUUGGAGGGACUGUACCAGUCUCUGUCCAGCGGCACCCUGGCCUACACGCUGCUGCACAAGCUGCUGAAGGAAAGGCGCACGUCGAGCUCGGCCGAGCACGGAGACGAGAUCCCGCUGAACAGCAGACACAAAAUCACCCUUUUUGAGGUUUCACGGCUGCUGGCUGAUAUUUUCUGUGGACUCUGCCAGCCGUUUUAUUACAAGUUGCUCAAGCUGGACGCCAGAUCAAGUUCAAGGAAAGCUUCGAAGCUCAUGAAUCGGCUUCUGAAAAGCGACUGCCCGUACCGAAAUGAGCGGUGUGACUACCCCUGGUCCUCGCUGUUUAUCUGGGCCGUUCUGCAGAACCGCAGCGAUAUGGCCAUGUAUUUUUGGGAGAUGGCGGGGGAGUCGGUGAUGAACGCUCUCAGCGGCUGUAAGAUACUGAGGGAACUGUGCAAGCUGGAGAGCGAGAACGAGACCAAGAUGUCCAUGAAGGAACUGGCACAGAGGUUUGAGAACCUGGCCCACGACAUGUUCAGCUCCUGCUACCAGAACAACGAGAACCGCUCCUUCACCCUCCUCAUCAGGAUGUCGCCCUUCUGGGGCGGGGCUACCUGCUUACAGAUGGCCACAGCAGCCGAAGCGCGACUCUUCUUUAGCCACGACGGAGUGCAGACGUUGUUGGCUCAGAUCUGGUGGGGUGACAUGCACAGCAGGACUGAAGUGUGGAAGCUCAUCAUGGCGUUCUUCAUGCCUCCUCUCAUCUACACCAACCUCAUCACCUUCAGGGAGCAUCAGCACAGACACACGGACGGCCUGGAGGACACCGACAUGACAGCUUUCUCCCUGGCGGAAAUUACACAUCACCUGGAGGAGGACAGUAAAGCUGAAGACCUCACACAGGGUGGAGAUGCUGCAGAUAAUACAGAUAAUGCACAUGAAGUUCAGGACAACUCAUGCAUUGAAGAACCUCCAGCGGAAAAAGCUCCUUUAACCUCCGAUACUAAACGUGUAACACCACCACGCCCUCCAAAAUACCCUUUCAUCGUGCAGCGAUGGCGGCAGUUCUGGUUCGCCCCCGUUACCUCGUUCCUGGGGAACGUCAUGAUGUACUUCCUCUUCCUCUUCUUGUUUGCUUAUAUACUAUUGGUCGACUUUAAGCCACCGCCACCAAAAGGUCCCGCCCCCUUAGAGUGCCUGUUAUACUUCUGGGUGUUCACUCUGGUCUGCGAGGAGAUUCGACAGACCUUUGUUUUAGGUUCCACCAGUUUGACUCAGAGUAUGAAGCUUUAUAUCCAGGACAUGUGGAACAAGUGUGAUCUCACGGCCAUGGUGCUCUUCGUUAUUGGCCUCAUCUGCAGGAUGUUUCCUUGGUCGUAUGAGUUUGGCCGUUCGAUACUGUGCGUGGACUACAUGGUCUUCACUCUUCGACUCAUUCACAUCUUUGCCGUCAACAAACAUCUGGGACCCAAAAUCAUCAUCGUUGGGAAAAUGGUAAAGGACGUGUUCUUCUUCCUGUUCUUCCUGGGCGUCUGGCUGCUGGCCUACGGCGUAGCCAAUCAGGCGCUAAUAUACUCCUACGACCCCCGACCUUACUGGGUCAUUCGCAGAGUCUUCUACAGGCCGUACCUGCACAUCUUCGGCCAGAUACCCCUGGAAGAAAUUGAUGCCUACAGGAGGACACACAAGCCCUGCACGACCAACGUGACCCUUAUAGAGCUAGGAGAUGAACCCUGUCCCCAGUCCGAGGCGAACUGGCUGGUGCUCAUCCUGCUGUCCGUGUACCUGCUGGUGACCAACGUCCUGCUACUGAAUCUGCUCAUUGCCAUGUUCAGCUACACGUUCAGUAAAGUCCAGGAGCACAGCGACGUGCACUGGAAGUUCCAGCGCUACAACCUGAUAGUGGAGUAUCAUUCUCGACCGUGCCUGGCACCUCCCUUCAUCAUCAUCUCCCACAUCCGCCUCUUCAUCAAGAGAAACAUCCGCAAAGUGCCUUCGAUCAAGAUCAAACACUUCAUGCUGGACCUGCGUGGCAGAAAGGCCAGUAAGCUGAACACAUGGGAGAUAUUACAGAAGGAGAUUCUACUCUCGACGCAGGGCAAGAAACUGCGCGACAGCGACUCGGAGCGACUCAAGCGCACCUCAAGCAAGGUGGACAACGUGCUGAAGCAGAUGGCGGAGAUUCGAGACCACGACCGCAGGUUGAGGACGUUGGAGUCUGAUUUGGAGUUUUGCUCGAGCUCCCUCGCAUGGAUAAUGGAAGGACUGGCACAGAGUGACAUGUUCAAACAGACUCGCAGUCCACCUCAACAGCGAGACGUGGACCCGACCUCCUCAACUUCAACCACCUGAGCCAACGGGAAUCAAAAGACCCCAAAAUGGAGGACUGUCGAUCAAACAUCCGUGCAAAAGCAUGCACCCACAUGCUGAUAGUGUCUCAGCGAUCGUCAUGGGAAACAAAUAUAUGUUUAUAUUAAGAUAUAUGUUACAUGGACUUUUGCAUUUCACUAUACAAUGAAAUCACCUAAAAGUUCAGGAUAUGUGGAUAUCUAUGUGGAUUUCAAUGGAUCUAAAUGGAUCUGCGUGGAUCUACAUGACUGUCUUGUACUUUAUUCCUCUACAGAUCUUUUACUUUGAUUUUUACCUUCUGCUGAACUUGUUUUUUAGAUAUAAGAUGAUUUAAUAAUUUUAAGGGUGAAAAUAUUUAUAAGGGCAACAUUAUGAUUCUGUUAGUUUUAUUUCUUUAUAAUGUCUUAUUUUUGUGAGUCUAAAGGUUUCCUUGUAUGUUUUGAUCACUUUAUGUUUGCUUUAAUGACCUAAAUUAAAACUUUGAA